AACGUAAAUGUGCAAAACCCUUUGGAAAUUGGGGGCUGAAUUUCGAGUGACGACUCAUCAAACGCCUACUUCUCCCAGUUCUCCAUCAUCCAAAUCUCCUCCCGGUUUAAGCUGCUAUCCUCUUCUUCGAUUCUUCAUAAUUUACAAAUUGCUGCAUAUAUAUAUAUACACAUACAUAAACACACACAGACACAUAAGUAAUUAUCAAAUUUCCGAAAUGUCAAAUCGAUCCGUUAACCAGAACAGGAAUGAUUACACAAGUUCCGCAAAAUCGCAGAAGAAGUUUGUUCCGAAGAGGGAUUCCCAUAACCCUAACACUCACCAAACCCUCUCUAACACCCUCCGCGCCACCACAAACACCCCUACUGCCGAUACCGUGGCUGCCUCGGGUAGCAGAGUGCGGACGGGGGAGGAUGGGGUUAAUAGAGCCUCCACGAGUGGCAAUUUUGUAAUUUACUUGCCCCAGGAUGAAGCUGUGGCGGCUGGCCUCGAGCAGGGUGGAUUGGAUCCCGUCGAGUCUCAGCGCGUCGUUGAUCUGCUCAACAGGGAGUUGUCUCGGUUGCUGAAGUUGCGCCCUAGAGAUUUCUGGAGAGAAGUGGCCACUGAUGAAUCACUGGAUGCCUUCCUGGAAAGUUUUCUGAAAUUCAGAAGUAGGUGGUAUGAUUUCCCUCACCGUGGAGCCCGAGGAAUAGUUUCUGGAGUAAUUGUUGGUGAGUUUGAGCUGUGUCGGCGUGUCUUCAUGGUGUUGUACCGUUUAUCAUCCAACCGGGAUCCUGGGGCUAAGGCUGCUGACUCAUUGAGUGCAAAAGAUCAUGAGGUCCUUCUGCAGAAAAAGAAGUUGCUUGAAUUACCAAAAUUGUUGGAUAUAUGUGCCAUAUAUGGUCACGAAAAUGAAGAAUUGUCCCAAAAACUGGUGACAAAUGUAAUAAAGGCCCAACCAUACAUCCAGGAUGAUUUUCCUGCUCUGAUAUCGCACUUCAUUAGCAUUGUCCAGAUCAUGUAUCAACGUUGCAACUCAACUUUAGAGGGUUUGCUUAGUUCUGGUGGCCACCAAGACCAAGGAUCCAGUCGUCUUCAUCUCGACUAUCUGGAGGUUAUGGACUUCAUAAAUGAUUCAGUUGUAUCGUUGGACUCAUUUGUUAAUGCACAUAAACCUGCAGCUGUUUUCUUCUCUUCCCCAGUUGAACUGAGUCAUGGGAAUGAAGAAUUGCUCACCACCCUUGUAAGGCUACAUGACUCAUUUCUUCCAUCAUUGCUACAAGGCUUCAAUAUUCUUUCUGGAGUAGCUGAAGAUAGAAACAAGGAAAUAUCAAGUGAUUUGCUUUCAAGUUCUUUUACUAGUCUGAAGAUAUUGUCAACGAGGAUUGCAAAAUUUGGAUGGAGAUUACUUUAUUCCUGCUAUCUUAGUGAUGAGGCAUUUGAAAAUAGUUAUUCUCUUCCAGUUUCAAUGAAGAUGUUUCCAGCAAAUGUGGAGGACCCUGUUGUUAGGGCUGAUAUUCUGAUACAAACGAUAAGAGAUCUCUCUAUUGAUCACACAGAUGGUCCUGGAGGACAGACUUGGGGAACACUUAUCCAGGAAAUUGAGAAGAAUCACAAAAUGAUGAGUAGGAUUGAAUUAUUGCGGGAAACAGGUUGGUUAUCAAUGGAUGAUAAACAAAACCAAUUUCUUGCUAUGAUUAUGCGGACUUCAAUGCGAGCUGAUAUCAAGCAGAAAUCUUCUACUUCAUUACCAGCUAGCAGUUACAAGGCCCAGACAGAUGAAGGUGUGGCAAUUGUAGAGUCAAAAAUCAGUCAAAUCAAGGAACUGUUUCCAGAUUACGGUAGAGGCUUCCUAGUAGCAUGUCUCGAAGCCUACAACCAAGAUACAGAAAUGGUGAUUCAGAGAAUCCUCGAGGGAACUCUUCAUGAAGAAUUGCAAUCUCUCGACAUUUCAUUAGAAACAAUGCAUCCCUCAAAGUCCACGUUACAGGUUAGUAGCCAUGACAAGGGUAAGGGGAAACUAGUGGAGUCUGCAAUAUCUCCUCCAGAAGUCGUGGGACCCACUGCCCCAAAAUACCAACCUGGAGCAUCUUCAGUUUCGUCGUCUUCUUCAUUUGGGAGGUUUACGCGGAAGAAUAUGAAUGACUUAUCUGGUUCUGAGACCCUAAAUGCCAAAAACGAAGAUGCACUAGCAAAAACUGCAGCUCUUGCAUCUCAACUCGAGUAUGAAGAUGAGUAUGAUGACUCCUUUGAUGAUCUGGGUUUGAGUGUUGGUGAUUCGGGAUUGGACGAAUCUGAGACCCUGGGGGAGAAACACACACAGGGGAGAAAGGCUACCGAAGCUGACACAGGCAGCUCGACUUCUGGUGCCGACAGUUCAAAGUGGGGCUCGCGGAAAACCCCACAAUUUUAUGUCAAAGAUGGUAAGAACUACAGCUAUAAAGUGGAAGGUUCUGUCGCUGUGGCCAAUCAAAACGAGGCAAAAUUGGUUAACCUAGCACAGAAGGAACUUAUCCAUGGGCUUGGACGAGGUGGAAACCUACCCUUGGGCGCAGUUAAAAGUUUAUCAGAUUCGAAAGACGAGCAGAACGACAAACAUGAUGGUGAUGAAGGCGGUAGACGAGGAGGACGAGGCACUUACAGGGGUAGAGAAAGAGGACUUUUUAUCACCAAUACAAUUAAUAGGUCUUCUCCUGAAUCAAAUGAUCAGCAGCAAGAAGGGCAAGAAAAUGACAGAACUGGGGGAAGGGGAGGAUUCAGUAGAGGUCGAGGAAGACGAGGUUUUAUGUCCAGUACAAUGAAUAAUAGGUCACCCCCAGAAUCAAAUGAGCAGCAAGAAGGACAAGAAAACGACGGAGCCGGAGUUAGGGGAGGCUUUGGGAGAGGUGGAGGAAGGAGAGGGGGCGGUGGCGGCAGGGGAAGGAGCAACUUCAGGAAAGACAGAGCAAUGAGUAAGCAUCUGGGUGGAUUACCUGCUCAUUACAACUAAUCACAUAUGUUUCUUCUUGUUCAGUUCAAUAUGUUAGACCCUCUUUUUUUGUAUAGACUUUGGCCAAUUUUGUAGCUUGUCAAAUCCACUUUUGUGGCAACCAAAUGUGUACCAGGGAACGAGGACUCAGCUAUUGCAUUGCUUGAUUUUGUUUUUACAAGAACAUAAUUUUAUUAGCUA